CUUCCCCCGGAGCCUGUGCGGAGUCCCCACAAGUUUAUCAUAGACUUCCAUAACAUUUCCAUAAAUACCAGUGCACGAAGCCUCUGUCAAGUGUCAUCGAGCAGAGACACAAAAUCCACCACUAAUAGCCAAUGGCGAACGUCACGGAGCACUUUCCCGAGCGGAGGGGGCCGUCGCUGUUCUCUUCACGCGCCUCGUCCCAUCCUUAUAUGACAUACUUCAUUCUCGCCAUAACUUCGUAUGUCACUUUGGUGAACCUUCUACGGUUCCGCUUGGUGAAAUGGGUGCACAAGAGAUACAACUAUCCUACGCGCGAGUCCUUCGCUCGAAUGACUGACGAUGACGCAUGGGCGAUUCAGAAGACCAUGCUAGAGCAGGAGUUUCCUUUCUUUUACCUGAAGUCCCUCCAGUUCGCACUAUUCCGCACUUACGGCGUCCCAACCAUCUCCAAACUUCUCGCAGGAACGGCGCAGUUCUCGAAACCGGAGACAUCCCUCAAGCGCUACGCUGAUACCGUUGUCUUGGUCCAGGAGUUUAUGGGCAAUGCGCCCUCGUCGCAACGUGCUCGUCUCGCCAUUGCGCGCACCCGCUGGAUUCACAGUGGGUAUCGUGCCUCGGGCAAGAUCCUCUCGGAUGACAUGCUGUACACGCUAGCGCUUUUCGCCGUGCAGCCCGUCCGAUUCCUGGACAAGUACGAAUGGCGAAGCGCGACGGACGUAGAGAGAUGUGCCAUUGGGACCUUCUGGAAGAGCGUUGGCGAUAAUCUUAAUAUCAGCUACGAUGCCCUGCCAUCCGGCAAGACGGGGUUCAAGGACGGCCUGCAUUGGUUGGAGGAGGCAAUGGCCUGGGCUGAUGCCUACGAAGCGAAGUGCAUGGUACCCCAUGUCAAGAACCGAGAAACGGCCGACCAGACCACGGAGGUGCUGCUGUAUAUGGUCCCGGAGGCGUUCAAGCAUCUUGGCUUGAAGUUUGUGUCUUACAUGAUGGACGAUCGUCUGCGACGAGCUAUGAUGUACGACCCGCCUCCGACAGCAUAUGCUCGGGUCUUUGCGGGUUUACUGGCCGUGCGCCGGUUUGCGAUGCGCCACCUCGCGCUUCCCCGACCAUAUAUUUUGCGGUAUAAGACUUUCACGGAUGCGGACGAGCAUGGUCGCAUCUUCUCGACGGAAUGGGAUGCGGCGCCUUAUUACGCCAAACCGACGUUGCGGAACCGCUGGGGUCCAGUCGCCUGGUUGACCUGGGCUUUUGGCCGGCCUUUGCCUGGUGAUGAAGGGAAGAAGUAUUAUCCACAGGGGUACUACGUCCCUGAUGUAGGCCCGAAGUAUUUCGAAGGAAAGGGUCGGAAAGAGCUGCAGCAGAUUACAAAGGAGUUGAGGUCUUCGCGGAGAGGACAGUGUCCUUUUAUCUAAGAUACCCUAGCAGUGAAAGAACUGACCUCCUGAAGGUUUGACUACGGAUCUAGAAUCGACGGUGUUCGGCCUGAUUGAUUGAUUUGAGCUUCCAGGCGACUGUGACACAUAUCGAACAUCUUGAAUAUCUAACACUCAGUAUCAAAAAAGACAAAAAUGUUAUACUUUACAACCCAUGCUAUGUAUGAACUUGAAACCAACAACAACUUCACGACUCCCUAGCGCGAGUUGAAAUUAUCCAAGACCGCAAACUCCUUCGCAACCUCCCAUAU